CCUGGGCCAUUCUCAGCCCAAAACCUGAGCUUUGUCUGCUACAGCGAAUCAUAGCCCAGAAGCCACUACAAUGAGUAAUGACCAAAGAAGUUAAGACAAGGACACCUCACACCUUGGCUAGAGAAUGCAAUGAGCACAAGAAAGGAGGCGGAUUCAAGAGCUUGGGAGUCAGAAGAGGCCAGAAACACAUGGAGCGGAGGAGGGCUGGUGGAUCAGGGAAGGCUUCUGAGAAGCAGGGACGUUUGAGAAAGGCUGUGAAGGAUGCACCGCGUUACAGCAGGCGGAGAGGAGGGGAGGGGCAAGCACUAAAUGCUGAAUGCUGGACGGCGAGGAGCACGGAAUGGCAGGCCAUCGGCUGUUCUCUGAACUGUGGUUGCCAGAGUUUCAAACCAGGGAAAAUAAACCACCGUCAGUGUGAGCAGUGCAGACACGGAUGGGUAGCCCACGCUCUAAGUAAGCUGAGGAUCCCCACCGUGUGUCCCACAAGCCAGGUGGAGAUUGUCCAGUCCAGUGUGGUGUUUGAUAUCAGCAGCCUCAUGCUCUACGGGACCCAGGCCAUCCCUGUUCGCCUGAAAAUCCUACUGGACCGGCUCUUCAGUGUGUUAAAGCAAGAUGAGGUCCUCCGGAUACUCCAUGCCUUGGACUGGACCCUCCAGGAUUACAUCCGUGGAUACGUGUUACAGGAUGCGUCCGGAAAGGUGUUGGAUCACUGGAGCAUCAUGACCAGUGAGGAAGAGGUGGCCACCUUGCAGCAGUUCCUUCGUUUCGGAGAGACCAAGUCCAUCGUUGAGCUCAUGGCGACUCAAGAGAAGGAAGAGCGGUCCAUCAUCGUGCCCCCUUCCACAGCAAGCGUGGACAUCAGGGCUUUCAUCGAGGGCUGCAGCCACAGGAGCCCCGGCCGCCCCACUCCCACGGACAAGGCAAACCCGAGCAGCGCACAUUCCUUCGAGAGCCUCAUAAACAACAUGACUUUCAUGCUGCCUUUCCAGUUCCUCAACCCUGUGCCUCCCGCACUGCUGGGGUCACUGCCCGAACAGUACGUGCUGGAACAGGGUCAGGAGCAAAGCCGGGACCCCGAACAGGAAACCCACGGACCCUUCCCCAGCAGCAGCUUCAUCGCUUCCAGUUCCACACCAUUUCAGACUGAGAAAGAUCCGUGUCUGAACUGUCCAGAUACUGUUCCAAAAAGGGAAGACGGCACCUAUUUAAGUGACUCCAGCUCAUACAACAUUGUCACCAAGCUUGAAAGGACACAGUUGUCCCCUGAGGCCAAAGUGAGGUCCGAAAGGAACGGCCUGGCCACGAAGAAGGGCCGGGUGUUCUGCACCGCGUGCGAGAAGACCUUCUAUGACAAAGGCACCCUCAAGAUCCACUACAAUGCCGUGCACCUGAAGAUCAAGCACAGGUGCACUGUCGAGGGCUGCAACAUGGUGUUCAGCUCCCUGCGGAGCCGGAACCGCCACAGCGCCAACCCCAACCCGCGGCUGCACAUGCCCAUGAACAGGAACAACCGGGACAGGGAUCUGCGCAACAGCCUGGGCCUGGCUGCCUCCGAGAACUACAAGCACCCGGGUUUCGUGGCGACUCCCCCGGACUGCAGGCCCCUCCCCGGCUACCCCAGGUCGGGGGAGGGGUCCAGGGGCCAGCCAGCCUUCCCGAGCAUAGGGCAAAACGGCGUGCUUUUCCCCAACCUGAAGACAGUCCAGCCGGUCCUUCCUUUCUGUAACAGCCCAGCCACCCCCGCUGAGCUGGCAAACACCCCUGGCGUGCUGCCCUCCCUGCCUCUGUUGUCCUCUUCAGUCCCAGAACAGCUGGUUUCAAACCAAGUGCCAUUUGAUGCCCUUCCCAAGAAGAAGUCCCGGAAGUCCAGUAUGCCUAUCAAAAUAGAGAAGGAAGCUGUGGAAAUAGCGAAUGAGAAGAGGCACACUUUCAGCUCCGAUGAAGACAGGCCCCUGCAGGUGGUCAGUGAAGAUGAGCCAGAGGCCUGCAGUCCUGCGCCGGGCAGAGCCCCUGAGGAGCAGCACGCCCAGGCAGGACGCCUAUGGAGGCCUCUCCCUGGAGGAGAGAGGCCCUGCCGUCCAGGGCCAGUGGCUGAGUCCAGUGGCGCCUUCAGCCGAGCCCCUGAGCAGGCCACGCACCACGUGGAGAGGGAGGCCGAGCAGAAGCCUGUGCUGGCCACGGUGCCCAGGGAGGUGGAGGCUGGUGGCCGCGAGCCCCCCCUCACUCCCGGGAUGGAGACCUGCGUCCCUUUCCCUGACUACGUCAAACUGCAGCGGCACCUGCUGGCCGGGGGGCUCCUCAGCGCUUUGUCCGGCAGAGGGAUGGCUUUUCCUUGUUUCGAAGAUUCUAAAGAACUGGUCCAGCACAUGGGUCAGCACACAUUAGCGAGGCCAAAGGAGGAAGACCGCUUCCAGUGUGACAUCUGCAAGAAGACCUUUAAAAACGCCUGCGGUGUGAAAACACAUCACAGGAGCAUGCAUGCCAAAGAAACGCACGUGUGCACCGUAGAGGGCUGUCAGGCCGCCUUCCCGUCCCGGAGGGGCAGAGACAGACACAGUUCGAACCUAACUGUCCACCAGAAAGUGUGGACCCAGGAAGUGUUCGAGAGCAGUGCAGACCAUUUCCGGGCCACUUACCUUCUGAAGGACGCGGCGCAGGGGGCCUGCCCAGAUGCGGAUUUCACACAGCAAGCCUCCCCGACGUCGGUCAUCCUCAAGGGAACCAGUCGGACGGGCAGUCUGGUUUACCCAGUCGCCCAAGUCCACAGCGCCGGCCCGCAGAGCUAUAGCUCUGGGCCACCAAGUGAGGGCACCAUCCUGGACCUGAGUGCUACCUCGAGCAUGAAGUCAGAGAGCAGCAGCCAUUCCUCCUGGGACUCUGACGGGGCCAGCGAGGAGGGCACUGUGCUCAUGGAGGACAGUGACGGGAACUGCGACGGGCCGAGCCUUGUCCCCGGGGAACAUGAGUACCCCAUCUGCGUCCUGGUGGAGAAGGCCGAACAGAGCCUUACCAGCCUGCCUUCUGGGCCGCCCAUGACGUGUCACCUCUGCCGAAAGAUGUACAGUAAUAAAGGGACCUUCAGGGCUCACUACAAAACUGUGCACCUCCGCCAGCUCCACAAAUGCAAAGUUCCGGGCUGCAACACCAUGUUCUCCUCUGUUCGCAGUCGAAAUAGACACAGCCAGAAUCCCAACCUGCACAAAAGCCUGACCGUGCCUCCAGGGCACCUCCAGUAACAACAGUGGGUCAUGUGUGUUGGGACCAGCACCUGUCAUAAUUCAGGAAUAAGGUCGUCCAAAAAUUGUUUCUAACUUGUUUAUACCAUUUGGGGCAAGCCAGGCAAAAAGUAUUUGAGUUGAUUUUAUAGUCUUCUGCCGCAGGGUGAGCAAAGGGCAAGCGUUGUGGGAAGCUGACAUGGGGCAGCCUUUCCUAUUGUUUUUCUUAGCCCAUGAGGUUUUCCCUAACCUAAUGAAAAUUUGCAGAAACACAGUUUUCCCACAUUUGUUUACACAUUCCCUGGGAGAACUCCAGGUCUGCAGAUUGAUUGGCCGCCGGGGCCGGACCUCGGGGGUGCUUUGAAGGGAGGCCUGCUGCAUUGUCAGGGAGUGUCCUGGGAGGCAGACUGCCUGCCGUGGGUGAGAAGCGGGUCCCACAGAUCACGAUUUUCAGUUCCUGCUUUACUGAGUCUGAAGUCCAGACUUGAGUUGCGGAAAAUGGCUUUUUGAGACUAUCCUUCCACUUGGAGUAGAGAAUGGCUUUUAUUCUUUUUUUCCCCUAAAGGUCUCAUGUGUUAGUCCAGGGAGUUCUCAGAGGAAGCAGGUUGGACUUAACACAUAGGAACAUGGAUGUUUCCAAGGAUGUUAGUUCUCACUCUGUCAUGUGUUCAAGAAGCUAGAGGGGAGCUAGUUCAUGCACUUAAAAAUAGUGGUCUUCAACUUAAUUUAACUUAAGUUGAUAAUAUUUAAUUUGUGUUUAUGUUACGUAUUUGGGGUAAGCGCAGGCAUGUCACAGUGUGACCUCUGGGUCUCUGGCUGAAAGCAGAACCCGUGACAACUUAAACAGCAGAAUGCGCCCGUUCUCAUUCGGUGAGCUUUGGAGUCUGUUCAUUUCGGCCGCCUGGGGAAUGGAUGAAGCAUGAUUCUGGCAGGACCGUUUGUAUAUAUUCAGCCAAAGCAUUUAGAGAAUGUGGUUCUGAUGGUUGGUAUGCAUUUCUCAGAAUCACCGGACCCCUCAGUCUUCACCCUUUUAUAGAUGUGUAAGAUGAGGAGGGACUUUGAAUGUACAUGGUAGACAGGAGAGUAGGACGUCACCGCCAUCCCGUACGUCUUGAUCCUUAACUCACUCUCAGAUCUGUCCCACACCGUUGCACACAUUUGCUGUUAUAGAAGUUCAGUCAGUCCCGGGAAAGGAGGCGUGUCUUGAUAUUGGCGCUGCAGCGCCCUGAGAGCCCAGGGCGGGGAAAAAGAGGUUGAUUUCUUGUUGAGACUGCAGGUUAGCCAUCUUUUUAUGGUUGAUUUAGGUAAUUUAAAAAAUCUUUCGAGAAUUGGGUGUGUAGGAGAAAUAAUUCUCUGGCCUAAAGGUGAAAAAAGCGAAUGACCUGUUACCAAUCAUUUCAACAUUUAAAAUAAAUAAAUAAAUGUGACAACUUAAAAUGUGUCUCUGCUUCAAAUGAGCUGCAUCUUUCAACUCUCUUGUUUCCCAGCUGUUUGAUAUUCCUGUUUCCCCAAAGUGGAAAAAUUUGAUUUAAUAAAAAUAUGUGGCAUGUUUUUUUGUUUAAAAAGGCAAACAUUUGUAAAACUGGUGUUGUCAUAUGGGAUGCCUG